AUGAAAAGUGUCAUGCGCAAUUAUGGAGAAGAUGUGAAAUUGAAAAUGAAUGCGAUGUAUCGAGGAUGUCGCCGUGUUUACGGAAAUUUAGAAAUAACGUGGAUUGAGGCAAACGAAAUCCAAAAGUGGAGAAACUCUACUAAUCAAACCGUGGAUGCCGAUGUUGACUAUUUGAAAACAGUCAAUUUUUUUGAUCAUCUUGAGGAAAUCCGCGGAAGUCUUAUCAUAUAUCGAGCCAAUAUUCAGAAGAUUUCAUUUCCAAAGCUACGUGUUAUUUAUGGCGACGAAGUGUUUCAUGACAAUUCAUUGUAUAUUCAUCAAAACGAGAAAGUGAACGAAUUGGUGAUGAAGGAAUUGAGAGUGAUUCGAAAUGGAUCGGUUACUAUCCAAAACAACCCAAGAAUGUGUUUCCUGGCUACCAAAGUUGAUUGGAAUGAGAUUCUUUACGACAGUUCAAGACAGAAAGUUGAGACGACAAAUUCUCACAAAGCUUGUUGGAAGAAUGGAGAGCUUAUUGCGUCAUGCCAUGAAAGCUGUAAAGAUAAAUGCUGGGGAAAAGGAGAUAAUGAUUGUCAGAAAAUUUACCGCUCUGUCUGCCCAAAACCAUGCUCCCAAUGUUUCUACUCCAACAACACCCAAUCUUACGAAUGUUGUGACUCCUCUUGUCUCGGUGGAUGCACAAAUCAUGGACCUGAUAGUUGCAUUGCAUGCAGUAAAUACGAAAUGGAUGAGAUGUGUAUUGAUACGUGUCCAGCAAGAAAAAUAUUCAAUCACAAAACAGGAAGAUUGGUUCCAAAUCCCGAUGGAAGGUAUCAAAAUGGAAAUCACUGUGUGAAAGAAUGUCCACCGGAGCUGUUGAUUGAAAACGAUGUAUGUGUUCGCCAUUGCUCAGAAGGUCAUCAUUACGAUGCAACAAAAGAUGUGCGGGAAUGUGAAAAAUGUCCAAGUUCUGGAUGUCCUAAAAUCUGCACUGUCGAUGGUCCUCUCACAAACGAAACAUUGAAAACCCUCGAAGGAUGUGAACAAAUUGAUGGACAUCUAAUCAUUGAAAAGAAGUUCAAAUACGAGGAGCUGAAAGUGUUGGAAACAGUGAAAAUUGUUAGCGAGUUCAUUACGAUUGUUGAGCAAGACUUUUUUGAUUUGAAAUUUCUCAAAAAUUUGCAAAUCAUCGAAGGACGAAAACAUCACCAUAUGAAAUGGGCUUUGUCUAUUUAUCUAUGUGACAAUUUGGCGGAAUUGAAUCUUAACUCCCUUAAAUUAAUCAGAACUGGAUCAGUGCUUAUCAAAAAAAAUCAUAGAUUAUGCUACGUGGGAACUGUUGAUUGGGAAUCGAUAAUACAGUCAAAAGGAGAUCAAGGAAAGCCAAAUUUGAAGGUUGAAGAAAAUAGAGACCGUAAAUUGUGUAUUCAAGAAGAGGAAAUUUGUGAUCCAAACUGCAAUUCUCGAGGAUGCUGGGGAAAACGGCCGGAAGAUUGCCGGGAGUGUCGAACAUGGAACAAUAUGGGAACCUGUGUGUCGAAAUGUGACACUAUUGGUUUUCUUCGAAAUCAAACUUCAAUGAAAUGUCAGAAAUGCUCUCCUGAAUGUGAAACAUGUAAUGGAUUAGGAGAGUUCGAUUGCCUUUCUUGCCGACAUUAUACUCUUUACAAUUCGGAUUUUGGAAAUCGUAUGGAGUGUGUAUCUGAUUGCCCUACAAAUACUCAUUAUUCUACUACUAAAAAUGUUUGCGAAAGAUGUCACCCAACAUGUUAUGAAAAUGGAUGCACCGGAUCUGAUUCAAAUCUUGGACUUGGAGGGUGCAACAAGUGCAAAUAUGCCGUGAAAUAUCUGAAUGGAACAGUUCAAUGUCUGAAAGCAACCGGAACAAAUAGUGUUUGUAUGGAAAACAAUCUUGAACACUUUCACAUUCAUCCAAUGGAUAUCGAUGGGGUUACUGAUUCUCAUUGCGAAGAGUGUCACCCGUUUUGUACAACUUGCUCUACUUACGGCCGCAAUAAAAAUGGAAAUGGUUGCGUUUGUAAGCAAUUUGAGUACCAUCCGAAUGAUGUUGAGGAGAUUUGUGUCGACAAAUGCCCAAUCAACACAUUUUUAAUACCGGACGCGAAUGAAUCUGGCUACGGUAUCUGCAAAAAGUGUCAUGAAGAGUGUGAUCAGAAUUUGCCAUGUGUGAAUGAGUUUGCAACAGGAUGUAAAAAAUGUAAAUCGUACAACGUGUUCAAUAACGAUGUGGUCGAAUGCGUUAGCGAGUGCCCUGAAAACCUACCAUUCACCAAUGAAGCGAACGGCGAAUGCUUGUCUUACGAUAUAGCGGGAAGACAAAAGAAAACGAGAAUGAUUAUUAUUGGAACCGUUUUGAUUGGAUUUGCAAUAAUGUUUUUGUUUAUUAUGUUGAUAUAUUGGCGUUGUCAAAAAAUCGGAAAGAAGCUUAAAAUUGCUGAAAUGGUGGAUAUGCCUGAAUUAACUCCAAUUGAUGCCAGCGUUCGCCCCAACAUGUCCAGAAUCUGCUUGAUUCCAUCUUCAGAACUUCAAAUCAAGCUCGACAAGAAACUGGGUUCUGGAGCAUUCGGCACUGUUUUUGCUGGAAUUUAUUACCCUAAAAGAGCGAAAAAUGUGAAAAUUCCAGUUGCUAUCAAAAUUUUUCAAACGGAUCAAUCUCAAACUGAUGAAAUGAUUGAGGAGGCUACAAAUAUGUUCCGAUUGAAACACGAGAAUCUAUUGAAAAUUAUCGGAUUCUGUAUGCAUGAUGAUGGUCUAAAGAUUGUCACUAUCUACAGACCUCUUGGCAACCUUCAAAGUUUUUUGAAACUUCACAAAGAAAAUUUGGGCGCACGAGAACAAAUACUGUACUGUUACCAGAUAGCAUCUGGAAUGAGAUAUCUUUAUCAUCAGAGAGUUGUUCAUAGAGAUCUCGCCACACGGAACGUACUUGUCAAAAAAUUCAAUCAUGUGGAAAUUACGGACUUCGGAUUAUCGAAAAUUCUAAAACAUGAUGCUGAUUCAAUUACAAUUAAGUCAGGAAAAGUCGCUAUCAAAUGGCUGGCCAUCGAAAUUUUCUCAAAGCACUGCUAUACCCAUGCAUCGGAUGUUUGGGCAUUUGGAGUCACUUGCUGGGAAAUUAUAACAUUUGGGCAAAGUCCAUAUCAAGGAAUGUCUACCGAUAGUAUUCAUAGCUUUUUAAAAGACGGGAAUCGUCUCGCACAACCUCCCAACAGCACACCUGACUUGUAUCAAGAACUACUCCGAUGUUGGAUGGCCGAUCCGAAAUCUCGACCCGAUUUCGACACUCUUUAUCAAAGAUUCAAAGAAUUCUGCAAGGUACCACAACUAUUUCUGGAGAACUCAAACAAUAUUAGUGAAACUGAUUUGACGGCUGAAGAAAAAUUUCAAACAGAACAGCUUCGUGAGAUUUUUGAUGGUAAUAUCGACCCACAGACUUAUUUCGACCAAGCGAGCAUGCCAAGCUCACCUACAUCUAUGGCUACUUUCACAAUGCCAAAUGGGGACCUUAUCAGCCGAAUGCAGUCUGUCAACUCAUCCAGAUAUAAAACAGAACCUUUUGAUUACGGCUCAACUCCGGAAGAUAAUUCGUACCUUAUCCCCAAAACCAAAGAAGUUCAACAAUCUUCUGUUCUUUAUACUGCAGUUACGAUGGAAGAUGGACAAACCGAACUUUCUCCAUCUAACGGAGACUAUUACAAUCAACCAAAUGACAGCAACUCCCCCAGCACAUCAAACGCAUACUACAACCAGCCAAACAUUGACAACAACAAAAAUGAGGCUACCGAGAAGAAUGAAGAUACUGUUGAAUACCAGAAUGAAACCAUUGCACAGAAAGAAACCUGUCUUUAA